GGGGUGGAUGCCGUAGGCCCGGAGCAGGGGGCGAGGGACGGCCAUCCUGCUGAGGAGCCUGUGAAGUCGUUUUCCAAAUCCCAGCGCUGGGCAGAGCCUGGGGAGCCUGUGUGUGUGGUCUGCGGCCGGUACGGAGAGUAUAUCUGUGAUGAGACGGACGAAGACGUGUGCAGCUUGGAGUGUAAAGCCAAGCACCUGCUACACGUGAGGGACAAGGGAGGGACCCCCGCGCCCAGCAGUACCCGGGAGGCCGACCCCGAGGCCGACCCCACGCCGCCCGCCCCUUACGUCUACAAAGAGCACCCGUUUAUCCUGAGCCUGCACGAGGACCAGGUGGAGCACCUGAGACUGCAGCUGGGGAUCUCCGUUGAAGGGCAGGGAGUCCCCAGGCCCAUCAUCGACUUUGAGCACUGUGGGUUCCCCGAGGCCCUGAAUCACAACUUGAAGACGGCGGGCUAUGAAGUGCCGACCCCCGUCCAGAUGCAGAUGCUGCCCGUGGGCCUGCUGGGCAGAGACAUCCUGGCCAGCGCAGACACCGGCUCGGGGAAAACCGCUGCUUUUCUGCUCCCCGUGAUCGUCCGAGCUUUGUGUGAAAGCAGCUGUCCCUCUGCGCUCAUUCUCACGCCCACGAGAGAGCUGUCCGUCCAGAUAGAGAGACAAGCGAAAGAACUGAUGCGUGGGCUGCCCUGCAUGAGGACCGUGCUGCUUGUGGGGGGCCUCCCCAUGCCCCCGCAGCUGUACCGUUUGCGCCAGCGUGUUAAGUCCAGCUCUCUGCUAUGGCCCGGGAAUCUCAAGGACAACUGUAGGAUGUGCGGGAGUGUGGCGUCCUGA